UUUGUUUUGAAAGUACCGUGUCUACAUGAGUCCCGCAGCUAACAGCGGCGCACAGAAGCGUCAUCAUGGCAGCGGAGAGCGACGUGCUGUCUGAAAUCGAGGUGCUGCAGUCGAUCUAUCUGGACGAGCUGCUGGUGAGCAGGACGGAGGACGGGGGCUGGGAGGUGAGCCUGGUCUUGUACCCGUCCACAGCCGAGGACUCCGUCUCCCAGUUCGUCCGACUCACCCUGACUUUGACCCUCGAUCAGCAGUAUCCAUCGUCUUCUCCAGACAUCUCCAUUCAUAACCCGCGAGGUCUCUCUGAUGACAAGCUCAGCAGUGUCCUAAAGUGUCUUCAGCUGGAGGCUCAGUCCUGUCUGGGCUCACCUGUGUUGUACCAGCUCAUCGAGAAAGCUAAAGAAAUCCUGACUGAGAGCAAUAUUCCCCACGGAAACUGUGUCAUCUGCCUCUAUGGCUUCAAGGAGGGAGAGACGUUCACUAAGACCAGCUGCUAUCACUACUUCCACUGCCACUGCCUCGGCCGCUACGCCAGCCACUCUGAGAGCGAGCUCCGUCAGAGGGAGAAGGAGCUGGAGGAGGACAAGACCAGAGACAGGACCGACUACCAGGAGCUGACUGUGGUGUGUCCGGUGUGCAGAGAGCCUCUGACGUACGAUGUCGAUCAGCUUCUGUCCUCUCCUGCACCUCAGCUGCCCGAGCUGGACGAAGCAGCGAUCGGUUCAAGUUUUCAGCAGAAGUGGUGUGAACUCCAGAAGCUUUUAGAGAGACAGCGGUCUAAAGGUGGAAUCAUCGACCCAGAGGUGGAAUCAAAUCGAUUUCUCAUCCACAUCAACGAGACUCCAUCUGUUGCUGAAAAUGGAAACCUGGAUGUGGAUGACUCCCCUGGUCCCCCGCUGCCCUCAGUCUCCAGUAUUUCCUCUGGUGAACCUGGUGUCAGAGCCGAGCGGUUUGCUCCUGGACUGACUCACUGCAGAGGCGGGCAGGGCCAGAGGCGUCAGAACCAGGUGAGGGGGCAGAGGAGAGGAGGUCGGUCCAGACCACAACACAGGAGAGCCGCCCCCAUCACAGAGCACCUGGACAAACUGUCUCUGUCCUCAGACUGCACUGAGGGACCAAUCAAAGCCAAAGCUCAGGGUAACCAUGGCCAUCAGAUGCAAGUUAAUGCAGAAGUGUGUGAGUCUAAGACAGGCAGGGACGUCUGCGCAGAGCAGCAUGACACCGUGCUGUCUCCAGACGACCAGCCAGUGUGCCAGGCAGCCUCAGAAACUGAACACCCAGAAGGUGCUCCAGACUCUGCAGGCAGCCGCGUCCACCGUGGACGAAGAAGGGGUCCUCACCGACCCGUCCACCACUCCGGGGCCCCUGGGCCUGCACACUACCACUGGGACGGGCGAGGUUCAAGAAGCAGGGGAGGGCCCAAUAACCUGUACAGCGGAGGAGGGGGGCCCCGAAGGGGUCAUGGCAGGGGCUUCCAACACAAGGUGGUAGAGAGGGAGAGAGGAAGAGAGGAGGUGCUAUGACAAAGGGCGACAGGAGGGCCAAUGAACAAAUGUAUGUGUGCCUCCAUCAUCGAAUUGCAUAGAUUAAAGCCCUGCACCAGGAACGACCUUCACUGUAGUUUCCUUCACUCCUCUACAUCGCCGUGCUCCUGGUCUCUGGUUUGCACUUUCAUGCACACUAAACUCAGAUACAGAUGGUUGUUGCUUUGUCUUGUGGUGCAAUAUGACUUGAAAGAACUACAAAUUAAAAAUUCUUUGGAUGUCAGUG